AUGUCCUGCCAGCAGAGUCAGCAGCAGUGCCAGCCUCCUCCCAAGUGCACCCCCAAGUGUCCUCCCAAGUGCCAGACCCCCAAAUGUCCCCCAAAGUGUCCCCCUAAGUGUCCUCCAGUCUCUUCCUGCUGCAGCCUUGGUUCUGGGGGUUGCUGUGGCUCCAGCUCUGGGGGCUGCUGCAGCUCUGGGGGUGGUGGCUGCUGCCUGAGCCACCAUAGACCCCGCCGGUCUCUCCGACGCAGACACCGGAGCUCUGGCUGCUGUGACAGUGGCAGUGGACAGCAGUCUGGAGGCUCUGGCUGCUGCUCUGGGGGCUGCUGCUGA